AUGGUCAGAGAAUUAUUAACUCAUGCUGAGGAAAUUGCAUAUAAGUCUGAAACAAAUGUCACGGAAGAUCAAGUAGAUGUUGAAACGUUGUUGGCUUUUAUCGGAUGGUUAGAUAUGACAGGACAAAAUUCGCAAGUUCAAAAUUGUUUAAGUGCUUUAUCCAGAAAGUUUAAACAAUCCGGAAGUGAUGAUUUAACUGCGAAUUUCAGAGUUAAAGAGGUAGUCAGAGGGCUUAAACUAGAGAAAGCACAAGAUCAUGAAGCACCUUGGCCCU